AUGCAGCGGCUGGGCGCCGCGCUCAUGGGCCGCCUGGCCCGCGCGCGGCACUGGCCCGCGCUGCCGCGGCGCGGGCUGGCAGCCACCACCGAGGAGGAGCCCUUCGUCUUCCCCGAGUACGAGCCGGAGCCGGGCGAGGUAGCGGCGGCAGCGGCAGAGGCUGCCGCGGCGCGCCGCCGGGAGCGGGAGGCGGUCAGGGAGCGGCGGAAGCGGGUGCCGGCGGCGAUGCCGAUGCCGGCGGCGAUGCCGGCGGUGGGGCUGCCCGACCCCUCGGUGCCGCCGAGCGGAGUGAACUGCUCGGGUUGCGGCGCCGAGCUGCAGUGCCGUGACGGCGCGGCGCCGGGUUUCGUGCCGGCGGAGAAGUACCGGAGCCUGUCGGAGGGCCCAGACGGCGCGGCGGGGCUGCGUGGCGCCGUCUGCCAGCGGUGCUGGCAGCUGGACCGCUACGGCCGGGCCUUACGGGUGCAGCUGCCGCCGGAGCAGCACCGGCAGGUGGUGACCGCUGCCCUGCGCGGGCCUCUGCGCCACGGCCGCGGGCCGCUCCUCCUCUACCUCCUCGACGUGAUGGACCUGCCCGACCCGGUGCUGCCACAGCUGCCGGAACUGCUGAGCCCCGACGUUCCCGUCGCCGGGCUGCUGGUGGUGGGCAACAAGGUGGACCUGCUGCCCGCCGACCGCCCCGGGCACCUGGGGCGACUGCAGCAGCGAGUGGAGGCGGCCUGCGCCCAGGCCGGUCUGCGCGGGACCCAGCUUGUGGAUGUCCGCCUGCUGAGCGCCAAGACGGGCUUUGGCGUGGAGGGGCUGGUCAGCCGCCUCCAGCGCUCCUGGAAGUGUGCAGGUGAUGUCUACCUCCUGGGUGCCACCAACUCCGGCAAGUCCACGCUUUUCAACACCCUCCUGCGCUCGGACUACUGCAAGUCCCGCGCUCUCGACAUCGUGAAGAGGGCCACCGUCUCUUCCUGGCCAGGAACAACACUGAACCUGUUGAAAUUUCCAAUUAUUAAUCCUACAUGUGACAGAAUAUUCCGAAGACAAGAGAGGCUGAAAGAGGAGGCAACCCAAACCGAAGAUGAGUUAAGCAGCGAAGAAAAAAAGUACCUUAAACACCUUAAAAAACAAGGUUACUUAGUGGGAAGAGUUGGAAGGACAUUUCAACGGCAGAAGGCUAGCACUGAGAUUGACUUUGACCCGGACAUGCUCUCCUACAGCAUAGAUGAAGAGCCCAAGCUGGUCCCCAGGAAGCACGAGGAGAGGGAGGAGUUCACCCACAACGAAGUGAAGGACGCUCGCUGGUGUUUUGACACUCCAGGGAUUAUAAAGGAGAACUGUGUUUUAAAUCUCCUGACAGAGAAAGAAGUAAAGCUGGUUUUGCCAACAUGUGCUAUCGUUCCACGGACCUUCAUUCUCAGACCAGGAAUGGUCUUGUUUUUGGCAGCCCUGGGCCGUAUAGACUACUUACAGGGAGAAAAGCCUGCCUGGUUUUCUGUUGUGGCUUCUAACACGUUGCCAGUCCAGAUUUCUACCCUGAAUAACGCAGAUGCCAUCUAUGAGAAGUAUGCUGGUCAAGAGUUACUGAGGGUUCCCAUGGGUGGGGAAGAGCGAAUGAAGGAGUUCCCCCCACUUGUCCCUCAGGACAUUACCCUGAAAGGAAUUGGUACCACUGAGGCAGUAGCAGAUAUCAAGCUUUCUUCUGCAGGCUGGGUGGCAGUGACAGCUCAUGCGGAAGAGGAAUUGCUGCUCCGAGCCUACAGCCCACAGGGCACGACAGUGGUGGUGCGAGAGCCCCCCCUUUUGCCCUAUAUCAGUACUGUCAGAGGGCCCCGCAUCCCUGGCACUGCGGCCUACAGGACCAAAAAGCCUCCCUCCCUGGUGGAAAACCUGAAAAGUGCCCAGAGGAGAUAGCACUUCCCAUCAUCUGAGCAAGGCAGAAGACAGAACAGCCUCUGGAGAACUUUGUUGCUUAUGGCUGUUCAGGAGAGCUUGGACUCCUUUUGAGAAGCACAUUUUUAAAAGCAGGCCUAGAGGCAGCUGCACAAGUCCACACCUGAUCCAGCUGCUGAACUGCAGCCAUUUCAGAUGAGCUGAGUGGCUGGUAUCUUGCUGAGAGAGGCGAAACAGCUUCUCCGUGGGACCUGCCAGUAUCUACGAGCAAAUCUCUUCACCUAACAGGAUGGAAACUCACCUGCCUGCCCUGGGCUGGCUUUGCAGUUCAUAGAGUAGAUCUCUUGCAGACCUGCUCCUGCAGGUCAGAAGCUAUCACCUUGUUUUUGAAGGCUUUAUGGUGUUUCUGAAGUUGAGGGGAUCGGGAAGGAGCAGGGAAUGCAGGUGCUGUGUGUUUGACCCUCCUGUGGCUGACAAUAAUUCAACAACAUCCACCACAAAUCAAGUCCUUUCAGUCCUCUAACAUCUGGGACACAUGAGAGUGCAAUGUCUUGCUUUUGGACACAGGCAAAGUGAAUUAAUGGAAAGCAGAUCUGCUUAUAUACCUCAAGAGGAGAGCUGCAAGUUGUUGCUUUGGUUUGGUUUCUGUAGCUUGUGUAAAGGUUUCUGAAGCUGAGAGUGUAGAAUAAAGCUUUUCAAAGAC